AUUCCAUUUUUGUUCUUUUGGGUUGAGUUGACCAAUGAAAAGUGUGCUGUCACUGGCCAGGCCAUUGGCUGUUAGCAUGUUUUUCUGAUAAAACAUACAUUCAGUUUUGAGUUUGGGAUCAACACGUAGGCUGUGUUAUGGUAUUAGAUGGUAGUAUAUAGCCUAAUCCUAAUCGCGAAAUCGGGUGUUAUAUCAGCAUUCCAGCAUUUAGGCCUUUGUCUACAGACUCUGCGCUCAGUGCGUAUCUCGAACGCGCCCACGUUAUCCAUUCAGUCAGCUGGUUAGAAACUAUGAGGAAGUUUUCCAGAUUCCUGAAGCUGGUCUGAUUUGACGUUUAGUCUGCUGUUUUCCACUUUUCAUUGAUAUAAUGCCAAUGUGAUCGAAUGAGGCAUAGUCUGUCACAGUGAAGAAGUGAAAUAAAACCUUAGUCCCGUCCUUUUUGGGGACUCGUUAGGAUUAUGGCAAACAACGAGAAUUCGCUCCGGAAAAUGCUGGCAAAGGGCUACAAAUACAGAGAUCUGACAAUGCGGGAAAUCAUGAAUGUCAUUACUCCGUACAAAGAUCUCAAGCCUGUUAUGGAUUCAUAUGUGUUUAAUGAUGGCUCCAGCAAGGAAUUGAUGAGCCUGGCAGGGACUGUGCCCGUCAAUUACAGAGGGAAUACCUACAACAUCCCCAUCUGUGUGUGGCUGCUGGACACCUACCCCUAUAAUCCCCCCAUCUGCUUUGUGAGGCCCACCAGUACCAUGAUGAUCAAGACCGGGAAGCAUGUGGACGCCAAUGGCAAAGUCUAUCUGCCCUACCUGCACAAAUGGAAACCUCCCCAGUCAGACUUGUUAAACCUAAUCCAGGUGAUGGUUUUGGUGUUUGGGGAAGAGCCACCUGUCUUUUCGCGACCAGCCACACAAACACCAUACCCGGCCUUCCAGACAGCAGGCCCAACCAGCACUGUUUUUAUGCCUGGCCCAUCUGCCGCCUAUGGCCCUCCACGCUCACCCAACCUCAGUUUCCAGGGUUACCCCUAUCCUGCCACCGGCACCUACCCUGCCAGCCCCGGUCCAGGGCACUUCACCCCCCCAGCUCCCACUGUCGCCGCAGGCCCUGGUCGUGAUGCCACCAUUGGUGAGGACACCAUCAGGGCGUCCCUGGUGUCGGCGGUGAGUGAUAAACUGCGCUGGAGGAUGAAAGAAGAGAUGGACUGCGCCCAGGCUGAGCUUGAUGCUCUUAAGAAGACAGAGGAGGACUUGAAGAGAGGACAUCAGAAGCUGGAGGACAUGAUAACCAGAAUUGGACAAGAGAUGACGGAUGUGGACAGAAACAUUGAGCUCCUCGAGCAGAAGGACGAUGAGAUGAAAGCAACGCUGGAGAAGAUGGACAACCAGUCUGAGAAGAACGACAUUGAUGACGUCAUUGUUCCCACAGCACCCCUCUACAGGCAAAUACUGAACCUGUAUGCAGAGGAGAAUGCCAUCGAAGACACCAUCUUCUACCUGGGAGAAGCCCUCCGCAGAGGAGUCAUAGAUCUGGAGGUCUUCCUUAAGGUGACAUGUCCGGAUUCUCUCUCGUAAACAAUUCCAACUACGGGCUCUAAUGCAGAAAGCUCGAAAAACCGCUGGCCUAAGUGAGCUCUACUGAGCACUAAAUCACUGCCCACAUACACACACACACACACACACACACACACACACCAUCAUACACUAAUGCAUAUCGACAAUUAGAAGUGAAACUGGAUUGAGGAUUUGUAUGCCUCAUGCUUAUCUUCACUGUAAGUGUAAUGGAUGUUAGAUCCUCUAAGGCAUUGAAGAGGGAAACCACCGUCUACAUAAGCCAAGUGAUGGAGUGGCCAAAGUGAUCACUUCGGUUGAAAUAUCAUUUGCCAUAUCGGAGGGAUCAGUUAGAGAAGGGAAGUGUUACUGGCAGACGCCCUCAAAAUGUUCUACAUUCCUAUACAUUGAAAUGCUCUACAUUACAUUUAUAUAUGUAGGCCCACACAAUACAAUCUAUAGUUGGCAUGCGAUGUACAAAUACAGCUAUUUUGUAUUGCUGUAAUAUUCUAACGCACUUUUUGUAAUGCUGAGCUGACUUUGGAAAAAGUGUGUGUGUGUGUGUGUGAGGGAGAGAAAAAGAGAGAGAGACUAAGUUGGAAAGAGUGAAUUGUUUGUUGUCCUCUCUUACGGUAUGUCUGACAAAACCAAAUCUAGUUCAAAUGAAGGACCAAUUUUAUUUCAUUUUCUUAUCUUUUCUUGUUUGACACUUUAUAAAAAUCUGUUUACAUAGUAAACAUUGUAGGGUUAAUAUAAAUAUUCCCUGAAGUCAGCCUUAUUUUUAAAGGGAACGUUUUUUUUUUUUUUUAAACAUAUCCAAUCCAGUUGACAAAACAGUUACAUGUCAAGUCUUUUAUUCAGUUUGAGAAAGUGCUUAAACUAAUGUAAGAUUUCAAAACAGUAUGUAUAUGAUUGACUCACUAACUGUGACCUCUUUAUCUGUACACUCCUAAUGAAUUUGCACAGUGAGCUUGGCGUCCAGUCAUAAUUAUGAUUGAUAACUGUGUAAUACUCUGGUUAAUGUGUCGGGAAAUUCUCAUGGUAUUGAAUUGUUUUUUUUUAUGCUUAGACUAAUAUGGUACAUAUAAUUUUAAUAUAAUCUCAGUUUUCAUACUUUUGUAACAAACCUAAAUGCACUAUCAGUAUGCAGUGAAUAUGUUUUUGAAAUUUAAGAUUUUCUUAAUUACUGUGUACAUGAAUUAAUACAGUGCCACUGCCUAAGUGCCUAUAUACUCUGCUUAGUCUUUUCAUUAAAAUCAUAUUAACAUUA